GAGUGGGCUUCCUCUCUUCAAGCCACCAGUUGGCCGGGCUUAAUUUUCUUUUGCCAGUUAUCCAGAAAGCAUACAGACUUAUAGAUUUAUUACAAUUUUUUUAAUUGAUAGCUACUCUUGAUGGUUUGUUGUCAGGCUUUAUUUGGCUUUGGAGUUUGGACUAGAUUACAGAGUUGAGCUGGCAAAGCUGGAAGAUUGCAGCAUGUUUCUAUAGUUGAUAAAUGACUUAUUAGCUCUUUUUCUGUGUGUGCAGUUGUGUUUUUGGGGUCCCUUCAUCUAAAUGUGGUACUACCGAUGAGCCAAGACUGGGGGGCAACAUGGCUGCACUGCCACUUACUCGCUGCCCCGAUUGGAUUAUUUUCCUUGUUUUUUUGUGACAUUUUUUGCCCUGUGUUGUGUUUUUGAUUUUGCGUUUAAUUUUGUGCGACUAGCGGUGAAUGGAGCCUGGCUAGUGUUGGGGAUUAAUGACAUGACGAGGGACACCCCGCUGCUUGAGUUUAGCCAAGUUAAGGCAACUCCUAUAGAAGACACUUGAGUACCUUUAUGUCUGCCAAGCCGCGGAAGGAAAGCUCCAUGCUCUUUCUCCCUCAUACUCUUUCUUUCACUCUUUUUGUUAUUCUUUCAACUUAUCAAAGAGAGAUGGACACAAAAGAGCCUAUUAGAGGGGAUAUGAAGAUGGGAGAGUGGGACUCCCGGUCAGAUGCUGAAGAAGAGCAGCGGUGCCUGAGAGAAGAGUGUGUGUGUAUUUGUGUAUGAAUGAAGGGGCUGAGUGUGAGCAGCCCGCUUUGGCUGCUCGUUGCCUGGCUCUCUCGAUCUCUCUUGUGCCGCUGUGGGACCUGGUUGUGCUUGCCUUCGCCAGCGCUCCAUUCCUGCUUGCCUUUCGCCUCUCCUUAACGGACGGUCUGUUAUCGAAUCAGCCGAUCGGGGGGUUUGGGAAAGGCUGCCGUAGAUGAGGUGCUGCCCCCCAGUGGAUUAGUGGAUGACAUGGUGAUGUGAGUCUUGUAGUCGGUGCGCUACCACAAGCGCCAGCAUGCUUGUUUUAACCAGGAACCGAGCAGCAUCCCAAAUACAGCUCUUUUAAAUGUCUAAUAAGGUCCCCGUGGUACAGCACCCUCACCAUGUGCACCCGCUCACACCUCUGAUAACCUACAGCAAUGAGCACUUCACACCGGGCAACCCCCCACCACACCUACAGACAGAUGUGGAUCCUAAAACAGGAAUACCAAGGCCUCCACAUCCUCCAGACAUAUCUCCCUACUACCCUCUAUCGCCUGGCACUGUCGGCCAGAUUCCCCAUCCACUGGGAUGGUUAGUUCCACAGCAAGGUCAACCUGUUUAUCCAAUCACGACAGGGGGUUUUAGACACCCCUACCCAACUGCGCUCACUGUUAACGCAUCCAUGUCAAGUCUUCUCUCCUCCAGAUUCCCCCCUCACAUGGUGCCCCCCCACCACAGUUUGCACACCACGGGCAUCCCCCACCCAGCCAUUGUCACACCCAACGUCAAGCAGGAGUCCUCACACAGCGACAUUGGCUCCCUCAACAGCUCUUUCCCUCUCCCCCUGUCUCUCCUGCUCCACAGGAAACACGCUGACUCUAAAAAAGAGGAGGAGAAGAAGAAGCAGCCACACAUAAAGAAGCCUCUGAACGCCUUCAUGCUGUAUAUGAAGGAGAUGAGGGCCAAGGUUGUGGCUGAGUGCACGUUGAAGGAGAGUGCCGCCAUCAACCAGAUCCUGGGCCGAAGGUGGCACGCCCUGUCACGGGAAGAGCAGGCCAAGUACUAUGAGCUGGCCAGGAAAGAGCGACAGCUUCACAUGCAGCUCUACCCAGGCUGGUCAGCACGAGACAACUAUGCGGGUAACCAACAGGGGAAAAAGAAGAAGAGAAAAAGGGAUAAGCAGCCAGGAGAGGGCAAUGAACACAGAGAAUAUUUUCCAAACCCUUGCCUUUCACUUCCUCCGAUUACAGACCUGAGUGCUCCUAAGAAGUGUCGAGCGCGCUUUGGGCUCGAUCAGCAGAAUAACUGGUGUGGCCCGUGCAGGAGAAAAAAAAAGUGCAUUCGCUACAUCCAAGGUGAAGGCAGCUGUGCCAGUCCUCCGUCUUCGGACGGAAGCUUACUAGACUCCCCCCCUUCCUCCCCUUGCUCGGUGGCCCCCUCCCCCUCCUCUAAGGAGUCCAAACCUCAGACUGAACAAAUGCAACCUCUCUCACUGACUAUGAAACCGGCCCACCAGCCUCUCCACCACCCGCACCUCCUGGCUGGGCUCCCCCCUCCUCCUCCAUCUUUGGUUCUUCUGGAAAACACCGCUGCACCUGUGGCCCGAAAAACGCCCAGUGCCACCCACAACGGAGCCCUGGAGCACAGUGACGUCUCGUCCUCGCGGCCGCCGGGCUCCUCAGUGGUGUCCUCCCUGGCCCGGCAGUCAGCAGGACUGUGUCAUUCCCACUCACUCCUUCCCAACUCUACCACCCCUCAGCCUCUGUCACUUGUGACCAAGUCUAUAGAAUAGUAUCCUCCUUUUCACAUGUCCCGUUCCCUUUUUUCAAACUCUGCACAGCUCUAUCUGGGCCCUCCUUCCUCUUUGUCUGCUCUGUUCAUAAUCUUUAUUUCGUUUUUUUGUUUCUGUGCCAUACGGCUUUGAAAAUGUGUUCAUAUUUUAUCAAAGUUCAUUGGUCAAUAUUUGACCCAUCAUUGAAAAAUUAUUAUUAUAAAGAAAUAAAACAAUGAGCUGUAGUGUAGCUUGUGAAUUUGCCAAAAUGUAUCAUAUUUUUAUUUGUAUUUUUUUUUUGUGUGCAACAAAAAUGUUAUGUAGCUCAACUUAAAACAGGUUUAACAGACUGAUAUAAAAAGGUAGGCUAGAUUAUUUGAUGAGCCCUUUUCUUGAAAGAGUUGGUUCUCCAUCAUUAUUUGUAUUAAAUACGAGCUUUUGAACCAAUCAUUUGACACCUAUUCAAAUCCUGGAGGGCAUGAGGAUCUCAACGAGGGCACCUCUCAACGAGGAACAACUUUGUGACAUUAAUUGUUCUUGUUUAAAUGUACAGAAAUAUUGGGGGGGGGGGAGGGUACUGUGUUUAAUAUGCAUUGUUCCAUUGCGUUGUCUUUUUUAUUUUUGUUGUUUACCUUUGGGGAUGGAGUCAGGGUGGGUGAACUUGGAGAGAAGGCAAGGGGGUGGGGCUGUUGAGGGUGGGUGGGGGUUGUGGGUAUUCAAUACAAAAUGUCACAACGCUAGGACCAGUAGUAUUUAUUGCUUUAGAGAUUGCUUGUUGUAUCUUGUAUGUUGUCCCUUUUUAAAUAUUUUUUUCUUAACACAUUGUAAAAAUAUUUUUUCUUAACGUAAGCAACUUAUAUAUCAAAUGAUCCAUUUUUAUGAGGACACAAAAUUACAAGUUCACUUUCUUCACUGAAAACUUGGAUUCCACCCAAUGUACUGUGUAGAUCUUGCAGAAGUAUGCACAACUUAAUUUCAAGAAAUACGCCUAUAAGCCAUUUUACAAAAGAAGAAAAUAAAUCUUGAAACAACAGACAGUGGGUACCGUGUCUUCAGUAGUUGGGAAAGUGUUCAAAGCCCUUCUUUUUUAUUACAGUCCAUCUCUAUCAGACUGUACAGAUUUGUGUACAGAUUUUCCGUGCCAAAUUUUGUGAUAAUUUCCUCUCCCCUUCUAACCACGUUGUCGGGUUCUUUUUUUAGUUGUUUGUUUUUGUUUUUUACACUAUUCUUUGCUGUGACGUUACAUAGAUUGCUAUGUAUGUAGUAUAAAUGUUGCUAUAACAAAUGUGUUUGGUAGCAGAUUGUCAAAUAUAAAAAUUUAAACUGAAUAAAAAGGCGGACUUGAUGCUGUAUAAAACCCACAAGGGCCAAAUUAUGUAUAUUAGGAGGUUCAUAAAAAAAUUUAAUAAAAACAAAAAAAUACACAAACUGCCACUUUUAAGUACACUACUACAUAUAGGUAGAUAUAAAAAAAUAGGCAUGUUGAUGUUGCAAGAGGCUGUAAAAAAAUAAAAAUAAAGCUACAAAAGAAUCACACCCGGUGCCAUUGUAGUUGACAUGACGCAACUGUAACCUGUCAAUUUCUUCUCUGGUUUAUUAAGAUGCUAAUGAUGAAUAGUUUGAAUGUUUCCUUAACGGCUGUGAUGUUCCUGUUCUAUUUUAUGCUCUUUAUCUUCUUUUGUUUUGUUUCAAAUUUUUCCCUGUUAUUUCAAAUGGUUCCAAUACCAUGUUUUUGUAAUGAAUAAAUGUUUAUGCUGUACAGUCUCUGUAGCAUGCAGUUCUGUAUUAAUAAAAGCGACUUAGUAUGUGCAGAUCAAA